AUUUGAAAUAAAAAUAGAAUAAUUUAUGGGCCUGAUUAAUUGUAAAUUGCAGAGAAAAUGAUUGGUAAAGCCCAGCGGUCCAGUCUCUAAAAAGAGAGCACUUACCCUUGGGCAUCUCUAGGGUUGCUAUAUAACUCCGGCAUCUUUUCAUUGGAGAUACGGUAUCGCCGACGACUAAAAGAUCUGACAAUGGAACAGACUUUCAUCAUGAUCAAGCCCGACGGCGUCCAGAGGGGUCUGGUCGGUGAAAUCAUCUGCAGGUUCGAAAAGAAGGGUUUCACUUUGAAAGGUCUAAAACUGAUCACUGUGGACCGUCCUUUUGCUGAGAAACACUACCAGGACUUGUCUGCCAAGCCGUUUUUCAAUGGUCUUGUUGAUUACAUAAUUUCCGGCCCAGUCGUUGCAAUGAUUUGGGAAGGGAAGAAUGUUGUUUUGACUGGACGGAAGAUCAUUGGAGCAACCAACCCUGCAGCGUCUGAACCCGGAACUAUUCGUGGGGAUUUUGCAAUUGACAUUGGCAGGAACGUGAUCCAUGGGAGUGACUCGGUAGAGAGUGCUAACAAGGAAUCUGCGCUGUGGUUCCCAGAUGGACCUGUCAAUUGGCAGAGCAGCCUUCACCCUUGGAUCUACGAAUGAUUCUACUCUGUGUGGUUGUUUUUGGCAUUUGUUUCCGUUUGAAUGAAUCAAAACAAUAUUGUUGUUAGCUUUGUUUCUUCCGCCUUCUUCCUUAACAAUCGAUCCAGACCUUCGAUGGACCUUUGUUUUCAAGUUUUUGAAUCAAAACAUUCCUCUUGUGCGUGUUUUAAUCCUGUGUUCUUGUUCUAUAUUUUCGUUUCCUUUCUGACGAUCGUCUCUUCCCUUUGCUAAAAAAUACAAUACUUUAUAUGGGCUGUAGAUUGAAGCCCAUCUAAGGCCCUUAUAUA